AUGACUGCCACAUCUCCUAUCCGCACGUCAACCUCCGGCGAGGUCGCGCACGCGGACUUGGCUAUGACGGCGUCCAACGCGCAGUCCCAUCACUCAUCCCACAACCACAAGCACCAUUCUGGUGCUAAUGCCGCAAUUAUUGAGUACGGCUAUCCCCACGGCCACCUUGGCCACCUUACCGCCGAGGAGGACAAAUCUUUCAAAGAGUUCAAACAGUACCUGAUCAAGGAGGGCGUGUACAAGCCCGGUCCUCCGCCGUCGCACGACGACGCAACUCUUCUCCGUUUCCUUCGUGCCCGGCGAUGGGUGGUGCUGGAUGGAUACAAGCAGUUCAAGGAGACCGAAGAUUGGCGGGCAGCCACACAGCUGAACCUGCUGUACGACACGAUCGACCUCGACGGUUACGAACAGAGCCGACUGCUGUAUCCGCAAUGGACAGGCCGCCGAGACAAGCGUGGUAUCCCGGUCUACCUAUUUGAGAUCUGUCACCUCGACUCCAAGACGAUUUCCACGUAUGAGAAGACGACCAACAACACGUACAGCAAGGCAAAGCCGGACGGGAACACGCCACCGCGGCUGCUGCGCCUAUUUGCGCUUUAUGAGAACCUGACACGAUUCGCACAGCCGCUGUGCACGCAGAUGCCCGACCGUGAACACGCCACUAUUACGCCCAUCACGCUGAGCACCAAUAUCGUCGACGUUUCGGGCGUGAGUCUGCGCCAGUUCUGGAACCUGAAGAGCCACAUGCAGGCUGCCAGUACACUGGCCACGGCGCACUACCCGGAGACGCUGGAUCGCAUUUUUAUCAUCGGCGCGCCGGUGUUUUUUACCACCGUCUGGGGCUGGGUCAAGCGUUGGUUUGACCCGGUGACCGUGUCCAAGAUCUUCAUUCUCGGCCCUCAAGAAGUGCUGCCCACGCUGCUGUCGUUUAUUGCCAAGAAGGACAUACCGAAGAAGUACGGUGGCGAGCUGGACUUUACGUGGGGCCAGAUGCCCAACCUCGACCCUGCUAUCCGCGCGCGCACAACGUGGGAGAAUGACUUUACGGACUUUCCCAAGGGCCCGCUGUUCUGGCGGCCCAUCGACGGUGGCCGGGUGGAGUGCGUGGCUGCCGGCAGCGUGAAAAAGGUCGAGCGAAUGGCGCGCGUCUGCACGAUGCCAACGUGCUUCAAGGGAGCUGCAGCCGUGGUUCCCGAAGAAGUGACUGGGGCCAUUAAACCCGUGGUGGCAUCGUCCUCGAACGGACACGUCGACGCCGUGGACGCCGAAACUGUGGCCAAGCUCGAGGGGCUCACGGUCACUGAGAAGGCUGACGCAACACCCGCAACAGUUACCGCUUAG